CAAAGUGAGGAAUUGUAAGAGAGGAAGACGAAGAGAGCAGAGUGUCGGAGAGAGAAGCAGAAACCCCAAGAAGGAAAAAAAAUGGGUAACUGUAACUUGCCCAUCUUGAUGACCCUUGUGGUGGUAUCCGUGGUGGGGUUCACGAGUUUAGCAGAGGCACAGAGCGCAACUUGCGCACAGAGUCUGAUCCCAUGUGCCAACUACAUCAACUCCACCAGCCCACCGGCCAACUGCUGCAGCUCAAUCAAAGACGCCGUGGACACCCAGCUCAGCUGCCUCUGCGGCCUCUACACCAGCCCUGGUUUGCUUCAGUCUUUCGGCGUCACCGUUGAGCAGGCUCUCAAACUCUCCAAGGCCUGUGGUGUUGACACAGAUCUCACUAAAUGCAAUGUUACAGCCGCUGCCGGUCCUGGAUCUUCCACCCCAGGAGUAGUACCUGGACCGGACAAAGGUGGAGCAGGCAGGAUAGGGUGGACUGGCUUUUCAACUUUAUUCUUCGGCUUGGCUUCUAUGAUGUUUUAUUAGGGCUUCCUACACACAGGAAUAGAUUAUAGAUAGCGUGCGUUAUCAGGAUAAAUAAUGCUGAGAUCAUUUCAGUAUUAGGCAGCUGCCUUCCGAUAUCUUAUUUGUAAUUUUUACAUGUUCUCUAUUGAUAUUUAAUUCAUUUGAACAAUGUUAUUAUCCUACAUCAUUUACUUAAUCAUGUUUUGCUUA